AUGGUUGUGGUGAGGAUGCUCUGGAACUCUUCUCUUAACUUGAGAGAACAUGACCCCAAUGACUUCACAUUCAUAGGAGUUCUGCAUGCUUGUAGUCAUGUUGGACUGGGGAAAGAGGGGAGGAAGCUCUUUGAUAGAACGAUAAUCAACUUCAGGCUAGCUCCUAAAGUUGAACAGUAUGGAUGUAUGGUAGAUCUCCUUGGUCGAGCUGAACUUCUUGCAGAGGCACUCGAAAUUAUCAAUAGCAUGCCUAUCAAGCCUAACACCAUUGUUUGGGGGGCACUACUUGCUGCCUGCAAGCUUCAUAGAAAUUCAAGUUUAGGGGAAUUGGUGGCAAGAGAGCUUCUUGAGAUGGAACCCGAUAAUUGUGGUUACAAUGUACUGUUAUCAAACAUCUAUGCAGCUGUCUUUAAAGAAAUGUCUCUCCAAUCUUCUAUUGCUGCCUCUUCAAAUGAAAACUCAAAGAUCAUUCGCCCGUUAGCUAAUUUCCAUCGUAGCAUUUGGAGUGAUCGUUUCAUAAAAAGUGCCCCUGGUGAUCAGGAUAUGAAGACGAAUGAAGCUUAUUCCCUUGAACAAGUUGAAGAAUUGAAAGAAGUGAGGAGGAUGCUAGUGGCUCAUGCUAAUGAGUCUUUAAAGAAACUGAGCUUGAUUGAUUCAUUGCAAAGGGUUGGUGUGGCAUAUCACUUUGAAGGAGAGAUGGAGAAGGCAAUGGAGCAGAUAUAUGAUGCCCCAAAUCAUGGUUUUGACGAUAAUAAUAACCUUUAUACCGUGGCUCUGCGGUUUCGCUUACUGAGACAACAAGGGUAUAAUGUCCCUUGUGAGGUUUUCAACAAAUUCAAGAGCAGCGAUGGUAAGUUCAAGGAAGACCUCACCGAAGAUGUGAGUGGGAUGCUAUGCUUAUACGAAGCAACACAUUGGAGGGUACAUGGAGAAGAUAUUCUAGAUGAAGCCUUGGAGUUCACAACCGCUAGACUUAAUUCCAUAGUCACAAAUGAUCAUCCUCUUGCAACACAAGUGAUGCAUGCGUUGAAACAAUCCCUCCGCAACAGCCCACCAAGGAUUGAAGCUAGGCACUACAUCUCGGCUUACCAAGAAGACAAGACAAAGAAUGAAUCUCUUCUUAAGUUUGCAAAAAUAGAUUUCAAUUUACUACAGGCCAUCCACCAACAGGAGCUAACCCAACUCUCAAAAUGGUGGAAAGAAUUAGGGUUAGCAUCAAAGCUACCUUAUGCUAGAGACCGACUUGUGGAGUCAUAUUUUUUUGUAGUGGGAAUAUAUUUUGAACCUCAUUAUGCUCUUGGAAGAAAGAUUGUAACAAAAGUUACUGCCCUGCUUACUAUUAUUGAUGAUACCUAUGAUGCCUAUGGUACCCUUGAAGAACUCCAACUCUUUACAGAUGCGAUUGAGAGGUGGGAUCUUAGCGCCAUCAAUCGACUCCCUAAAUACAUGAAGGUGCUCUACUCGGCAAUCUUAGAUGUUUACAAUGAAAUUGAGGAAGAUUUCAGAAAGGAUGGACAAUCUUAUCGUAUUAACUAUGCAAAAAAAGUGAUGAAAAUACAAAUUAGAGCUUACUUCAUGGAGGCCAAAUGGUUUAAUGAAGGAUAUACUCCAACAUUCGAAGAGUAUAUGCAAACUGCAUCAAUUAGCAUUCCAUGUCUCAGUCUAAUAGUCACUUCCUUGGUUGGCAUGAGAGGAGAUGUUGUGACAAAGGAAACCUUUGAUUGGGCAAUGAAUGAAUCUAAUAAGCUUGUCAAGGGUAUAAACUUAAUUGGGAGGCUUUUGGAUGAUAUGACGUCCCACAAGAGCAAGGGGUAUAUGAUGAAUUUAAGAGGAGUAGCAGAAGCAUAUAAAGUUGUAAAUGAAGCAUGCAUGAAACCGACCACUGUGCCAACACCAGUACUGUUACUUUGUGUCAACUUUCUUCGUAUAACUGAUUUCAUCUACAACUACAAGUAUAAAGAUGGUUUUACUCUUCCCCAUGAAGUGUUGAAGGAGACCAUCACCUCAUUGUUUGUAGAUCCAAUACCCAUGUAG